AUGAGGUUUACAGCAUUAGGUUUUCUCAAGGCAAUCCUGCUCAAUAGGGAGUAUCAGGGUUUGAGCAUGAUAUUUGUCGUGAAAAACUAUCGUUUGUUGGAGGAGUGUGCGAAAGACAUUCUCUCUGUGAUCAAGCCGACGGAGGAAGAUCAAAACAAACGACUUGGCGCAGUUAAGGAGAUUGUGAAUUUAGUUGGUUCCUUGAGAGGAGUUGAUGCUGCUGUCACCGUCAAACCUUUUGGAUCCUUUGUAUCAAAGCUUUACGCAAAAUCAGGUGAUUUGGAUGUAUCAGUUGAGCUGGCAAAUUACUCAGGCUUCCCUACUGGCAAGAAAAGGAAGAAAAAUGCCUUGAGAGAACUAGGGGCAGCCUUACGAACCAAAGGUGUUGCUAGAGAUGUGAAGUACAUUCUUUCUGCAAGAGUUCCAGUUAUUAAGUAUGUGAGCAACUACUAUGGCCUUCCCUGCGAUAUAUCCAUCGAUAACUACUCUGGUCGAAUUAAAUCCAAACUGCUGUACUGGAUCAAUACUAUAGAUGAGCGAUUUGGUGAUAUGGUUUUAUUGGUUAAGGAAUGGGCAAAAGCUCAAAACAUUAACGAUCCAAAAAAUGGAACCCUGAGCUCCUAUGCACUUUGCUUACUUGUCAUCUCUCAUUUUCAGCAUUAUGAGCCUGCCAUUUUACCACCUAUGAGGGAGAUUUUUAUUGCGAGCAUUGCAGAAGGAAGUGGAGGUUUUAAUGAAAAACAUUUUGAUCAGAUUUGGGAGGAAAAUAUAGCAAAAUUCCGAUGCCGUGAGAUAGGGCAAAGAAAUCCAAUAUCGCUGUCCCGUAUCCUUGCAAAUUUUUUUGGGAGGAAUUCCCUUAAUUUCCUGACAUAUUACGCUGGUCGAACUCCGUUGAUGACCAAAUCUUCCUGCGAGAUUGUCAACGAUCCAUUUGAUAGAGAUGGAGCUAUGAUAAAAGUUGAUGUGCCAGGGUUUCAGCGUAUUGCUAGCGCCUUCAAACGUGCUACAGAUAUAAUAGACUCUUAUGAGGACACCCCCGGCCGGAAUGAAUUAGUUUCGCUGCUGUGUACACCGGAAGUCUGUUCAAAACUAGGUGGGACAGCAACUGCUGACCGCUACACAGGAUCCACAGGAGGCGGACCAAUUAGUAGGCCACAGAGGUACAAUUCAGGCAGGCAAGGUGCUGCUCCGUACUAG